AUGUCUUCAAGCACAACAGGAGAAGUUGCUUUAUCGGAAACGUCACUUCGUCAUCGAAAAAAUCUUACCAAUGAUGAUAACGUGGAAGGCAUCGAAUUAACAAGUGAUGAAGAAGCUGAAUUACUAAAAGAAGAAGAGGAAGAAGAACGUAGGAAAUUAAUUCAAUCCGGACAAACACCUCCGCCACCCAGUUGGACUCAAUCUUUCUGGCUUCGGUGGUUAGGAAUUGUUUUUCCAAUCAUUCUUUCAUUAGGAGAUGUUGUUUUGUUUGUUUUUGAAUAUCUAUUUACAAACACUAUUGUUCAAACUUUAUUAGCGUCCGUAUCCUUUCACACCUAUAGAUCCUUCUCUUCCAUCCAUAAAUGUAAUGCUUGUACGAUGAAUGCAUUACCACAGGAUGGUACUUUUCAAAAUAAUAAUCAAGCCUUCUCUGCAUUUAAUGAAAUGAUGAAUUUAAAUUGGAAAGAAUGUAUUGCCUGUGUAGUGUCUCAUGAUUAUGCAUUAAUUGCAACUAAUUUUCUCUAUGUUACGGUUUGGACUUGCUGUAUUUGUUAUUAUUUCACGUGGAGAUAUGGAGUAACUUUGAAGAGAAUUAAAAAACCAAGCGCUAAGGCCAUACUCGUUGUUUCAGUCAUUGCCAUAGGAAUGGCUUUGAUGGUUUGGUUCCAAUAUAGAAAUAAUCAAUGGGUCUAUUCAUUGUCAAAUUUUAAGGCUAUUAAGAGAGAUACUAAAAAUCCUUUUGGGCUGUUUGGUACCAAUGAAACUGAUGUUGCAACAAAUUUAGAAACAGCCAAUAACGAAGAGAGUGAUGUUGCUUCAUUUGUCUCUGAAGACACCAUAUUGACUGCCAAUACAACCAAUAUGACGACUCCAUUCCCUGAUUUGAAUGAAGAAGGUUCUCAAGUGGAUUACCUUAAAAUGAUACAACUACUUAUUGGAUCACCAAUAGUUGAGGAAAUUAUUCUCAGAGUUGUGCUCGUUCACAUGUUUUUCAGGAGAACAGGCAAACCAAUUGUUAGCUUUUUCAUGACGAACUUACUAUUUGCUGUUUUACACAUGUUUUCUAUUAAUUGGGGAGCUUCUGAGCUUUACACCUAUUUCCAAGUAUUGGCCGGAUUUGUGUUGGGCAUGUUCUACAGCACUAGAUACUACUUGACUGAAAAUCUAAUAGAAAAUGCCAUGCUCCAUAUUGCGAACAAUAUUUCUGCAAUUUUCAUUCCUGUCACUCUCAAGUUUCAAGAUGUCUAUCCAAAUUAUAUUGUUCCAAUUAUUCUUUCCUUAUCUUUUUACGUGAUCAUGUUGAUUUUGGACAUUGUUAAAAUAAUGCAAAUGCCAACCAAGCAAAUUGUGCCAGUCAUUGAGGAAUCUAAAAACAACACAACCAAUAACGCAACACAACAAGCAUCCAAUGCAGUGCCUGUGUCCACCUCCAACAAAAAGAGCUCCAAAAAAAAGAAAAAUUAA